GGGGAUGUGAGAAACCUCUUCGAUUCUUGUUGGUUCAAGCAUGGUUUCAUCAAGAAAACUUAGGAAUAUUCAACUCAUUCUACCAUUUCAAAAAUCUUGGAUCAUCAAUUCUAAAUUCAAGAAGAUUUAUCAAAAAAUCCAAAGGUUUCAACCCAAUUGACACCUCAUACGACGUCCAAAAGUGAGAAGGCAAUAAGUCCUAUUACUAGCAUGAAUUUCGGUGCUUUCUCUCCAGAUUCAGUACUUCAUGCACCUCAUACGUAAACCAUUCUAUCAAGAAUAGAAGGGAAAGUAGCAGGCAAUCAUUAAUCAGUAACAACACAUCGAACAAGGUCGGGUUUCAAGACUGAUGAGAAGAAGAAGAACGAGGAAAGGAUUCAAAGGAAGAAAGGUUUGAACAAGAGCUUAUCGGAGAUUGAAUUUGAGGAGCUAAAAGGGUUCAUGGAUCUGGGUUUUGUGUUCUCAUAAGAAGAUAAAAAGGAUUCAACUCUGGUUGAGAUUAUCCCUGGUUGCAAAGAUUAGGCAAAGAAAGAAAUGGCGAAAAAGAAGAGAAGAAAGUAUCCGCUAAUGAAGCCCCAUGAGCCGUUCUUGUCUGUUGUCACAAGGCGGCCUUACCUUUUUGAAGCCUGGGAAAUUUUGUAUAGGAGAAAGGAAAAGAAGCCAUUGAUGUAUUGGAAAGUUCCUCAAGAAAGAAAUGAGAUUGUGAUGAAAGAUACCCUCAGAUGA